AUGUCGUCUUCCGCAAAAUCUCGUCAACCCCGACUCCGAGCGUCGUGCGACGGCUGUUUCUUGGCCAAGGUCAAGUGCUCCAAGGCCAGGCCAAUAUGUUCCCGCUGCCUUGCCUGCGGCAUUGAGUGUCGAUACUCACCUUCCAGCAGGGCUGGCAAGCCAAAGUCUGAUGCCCACGCAAGUCACCAUGCGAGUGCCGGCCACGAUCUGACAGAGAGACACCGUAUGGGGGAGGACACCAAUAUGACCUAUAAUACUCGGCCCUCCGAGCACCUUUUCAAAAUCGAGACUGGCUGGACCACUCCACCUACUAGCGUUGACGGCUCUAUGAGCAGGAAUCCCUCCAUUUCCACUGGCCUGUCUCUCAUGGGGGUGGAGGAGCAGAUGAUGAACGAACACGAUUCAAUGUCGGCACCUCCAGAGAUGUAUCCCGCCUCGAUGCCGUGGACCCCUCCGACAGACCUUUCCUGUGCGCCAUACGGGGAUGUUGCCGUCUCGGUAGCUCAGAUGCCAGGGGCACAUGUGCGGUCACAGUCUUUCGACCUGUCAAUGACAGCCCCCAUGGGAUGGUCCGAUCCAAGCACCCACGAUAUGAUGGCAUAUAGCCAUAUGCCGACCCCGUCCAGUAUGCCGUCAAACUACUUCCCGAGCCCUACCGCCACCCCACACAUUCGACCGGCAAGUUCGCGGCACAAGCCAUCGUCUUCGACAUCCGCCGGGGGUUCUUGCAACUGCUUUACUGUCUGCUUGCAGUCUCUUCAACAUUUGCACAAUGCCUCGGGGCAGGUCUCUCCACCCUUUGAUCUCGUCCUGUCACUCAACAGGAAGGCUGUCGAAGGGUGUGCCGCCAUGCUCUCUUGCUCCAAAUGUAUGAAUCGCUCGGGCACCCACACAGCGGCUAUGCUCCUAGCGACUGUGAUGGGCAAGAUUACCUCAUUUUACAGAAACGCGUCGCACUCCUACUUUGAAAACGGGAGCAUGGGCAUGAGCAGUCACAGUAGCCCCCCGAGUGCGCUGGGCGUCAGCCUCGGCGCCUACCAGCUCAAUAGCGAAGACGGAAGAUGGUUGGAGCUGGAGAUUUUGGCGAGAGAACUCCGCAAGCUCGAGGAGGUAUAUGCGCGGUUUCGAGAGGUCUUCUCCGACUUAUCUGACGAUCCCGAGGUCAGCAAGGCUAUGAUUGGCUACCUUGGGCAGAACUUGGGGUCGACGCUAGAGGUGAUCAGUCACAGGAAGGGCGAUGUGACCUAUGCUUGA